AUGGUCACUCAACGUCAAUGGGGCCCUCAGAUAUCUACCGAUGGUUCUUCUCAGACUAAGGUCAUAGGCUCUCGUCUGGAGCAUAAAUUCACUCACUGUGGUGGAAGCAAACAUUCCCGUGUUGGCUGUUACAAAUUGAUUAGGUACCCGAAUUGGUGGGAUCACUCCGAAACCCCCCGCAAGAAUAGUAGCAAAGCACUCAACACAUCUUCUGACUCAGAUCCUGUAAGUCCUGCUAUUUCAAUUACAUCGGCUCUCGCCUCUACAUCUGUAGCCACAACAGGUACCCAAGGUUAUGUUUUACAUAGUUCUUCAAAGAAACACACAUGGAUCAUUGACAUCGGAGCCACUGAUUAUAUGACCUUUGAUCCUGGACAAAUUGCCUCUCAUGCACCGCCUCCUCAAUUGGACAUUCUCAGCAGUAAGACGAUUGGUUGUGGUACUAGUAGGAGCAAACUCCAUUACCUAGACUUGGCAUCUGAUAGUGCAGCCAGCAUUAGUCAAGCUUACAAAAUUUGGGGUGCUAGUGUUGAGAAGCACAUUGCCGAAGUAUGUUUGGCUCCAUUUUCUUUUGUUCAUUCUAAUGUUUGGGGCCCUGCUAAAAUUACCACUCCGAGGGGAGCUCGAUGGUUUGUCAUGUUUAUAGAUGAUUGCAUUUGCAUGACCUGGGUUUCGCUUCUCAAAACAAAAGGGGCAGUCAGUUCCAAGUUUCAACAGUUCUAUCAAAUGGUGGAGACUCAGUUUCAUGCCAGAAUUCAGAUUCUUCGUUCUGACAAUGGCAGAGAAUUUCCCAACCAUAAUCUUAACAAGUUCUCACAAGAUCAUGGCAUCAUACAUCAAUGCUCAUGCCCCUACACUCCCCAACAAAAUGGAGUCACUGAAAGAAAGAACAGAAAUUUAUUGGAAGUAGUUCGUACCUCUCUCUUUGGUGCUAAUAUGCCUCGAUAUUUUUGGGGAGAAGCCGUCAUCUUUGCAGCAUACCUCAUCAAUCAGAUUCCCUCCAGUAUCCGAAAUUUCCAAACACCUCUUCAAACACUUCACCAUAAUAUCCAAAUACCUCCUACCCCAAACCUGAAACCCCGGAUUUUUGGCUGUGUUGUAUUUGUCCACUUACAUGAUCACCAACAAAGCAAAUUGGAACCCUGA